AUGAUAUUCAGUCAACUUUGUGCAGUGGCUGUCGCUGCCACCAAGCUCGCAAACGCAUCGGACUGCAAACGCGCACCCGGUGACUCUUGCUGGCCUUCGGACGCAGUGUGGACGGCACUGAAUGAAACCGUUUCGGGAAGGCUUCUCAAGAACGUCCUUCCUGGGUCAGUCUGCUACAAGGACCAGCCAAGCUACGACGAAGCUGCCUGCCGGGCAGUUCUCUCAAGAUGA